AUGGCACACACAAGAUAUCUCCCUACCAUCACGGGACAGUGGCAUCCUUCCAUCGAGAAAACAGCAGAAUCCGUUCUACCUCGCCUCCAGAGAAAGCCAACAGAGCCUCCAUCCCGGGUUAGGCAUGCUCUACGGCACCACCGUUUCGGACCGUUUACUCGUAUCAACGCCCUAUCGCAACCAGUGCCGGUGUCCCCGUGCAACCGGCUUAGAACAACCAGCCUUUUCUCUCGAUUCGCUUGUCUGGUCGACCAGUCCACUGAUGGCCCGAUCAUUAGCUGCACCAACGGCGUUAGUAAUGACAAUGCUGUCCCGGAGGAGCCAGACGAAUAUCGAAACAAGGACGUCGUCAGUUAG